GCCUAGUCACCAAACAACGCCAGUAACGCAUUGAGUUUUCACAUAAACCGCACGUGUCUCGUCCUCAGUGAAGCUUAUCGCCGAGAGGAUAAGAUUUUCUCUAUUUUGAUCCACAUUUGCAAUAAAAUUGUUACAGUAUGGCUGCUUCAGGAGAUGAAGUCAACCCCAAGGCUUACCCUCUGGCCGACCCUCAGCUGAGCGUCAGUGUCCUGGACAUAGUACAGCAGGCGUCCAACUACCACCAGCUCAGAAAGGGAGCCAAUGAAGCUACCAAGACUCUGAAUCGUGGUAUCUCCGAGUUCAUCGUCAUGGCUGCCGACACCGAGCCCCUCGAGAUUCUGCUUCAUCUCCCUCUGCUCUGUGAGGACAAGAACGUCCCCUACGUCUUUGUCAGAUCAAAACAAGCAUUGGGUCGCGCCUGUGGUGUGUCUCGGCCAGUCAUCGCCUGCUCAGUCACCGUCAAUGAGGGUUCGCAGCUGAAAGCACAAAUCGAGAAGAUCCGCAAAGACAUUGAGAGGCUGCUUCUGUAGGAGCAUGCGUCUGCAGUGCACACUUUGGCCAUUUUCCCCCCAACUUUGAUUGUGCCUCAAGUAUAGAGUACAUCAUCUGUAAUGGAACCACAUACAUAAGUUUUGUUUAUUGCUUUUUUUGUGGAAGAUUGCGGUAACUCGCAAAAGAAAUCGCCUGUGGUGCCUCAAAUCUGUCUGAAUUCGGCCCCUCUUUUUGCUUGAUUUUUAAAAGUGCCAAGUAACCAUUACUUUUUUUUAUCUCAGGGUACAGUGAACUAAUAUACAGGCUGAAAAUGGUGCCAGUCAGAAACAAUGAGCUAAUUUAAUCAUUUCAAACUUCAUUUUACAUUAUGCUAAUUCCAUUUAGUUAUGGCAGUAAAUU